UCCCCUGGAAGUGACGUCAGAGGCUGUUCCGGUGCCGGCUGGCAGUGUGGAAGAGUGAGAGGCUGUCACCAUGAGCCGCAGCUACAAUGACGAGUUACAGUAUCUGGACAAGAUUCAUAAGAACUGCUGGAGGAUCCGCAAGGGAUUCGUCCCCAAUAUGCAGGUGGAAGGUGUGUUCUACGUGAAUGAUCCUCUGGAGAAGCUGAUGUUUGAAGAGCUGAGGAACGCCUGUCGUGGUGGUGCGGCUGGAGGUUUUCUUCCGGCAAUGAAGCAGAUUGGUAAUGUGGCGGCUUUACCAGGAAUAGUGCAUAGGUCCAUUGGUCUUCCGGACGUCCACUCAGGCUACGGCUUUGCUAUUGGCAACAUGGCGGCUUUUGAUAUGGAUAAUCCUGAUGCAGUUGUCUCCCCAGGGGGUGUCGGUUUUGACAUUAACUGUGGGGUCCGCUUACUUCGCACCAAUCUUGAUGAGGGAGACGUGCAGCCGGUUAAGGAGCAGCUCGCCCAGUCCAUGUUUGACCACAUUCCUGUCGGAGUGGGAUCCAAAGGUGUUAUCCCCAUGAGCGCCAAAGAUCUAGAAGAAGCCCUGGAGAUGGGAGUGGACUGGUCCCUCAGGGAGGGCUAUGCAUGGGCUGAAGACAAGGAACACUGUGAGGAGUAUGGCAGAAUGCUGCAGGCCGAUCCCAGCAAGGUGUCCUCCAAGGCCAAGAAGAGGGGUCUGCCCCAGCUUGGUACACUGGGAGCUGGGAACCAUUACGCAGAGAUCCAGGUGGUGGAUGAGAUUUAUGAUGAAUACGCUGGCAAAAAGAUGGGCAUUGACCACAAGGGACAGGUGUGUGUCAUGAUUCACAGUGGAAGCCGAGGUCUAGGGCACCAAGUGGCCACAGAUGCUCUGGUUGCAAUGGAAAAAGCAAUGAAACGAGAUAAAAUCAUUGUAAAUGAUAGGCAGCUGGCAUGCGCCAGGAUCUCCUCUCCCGAGGGACAGGACUAUCUGAAGGGCAUGGCCGCUGCCGGGAACUACGCCUGGGUGAACCGUUCGUCUAUGACGUUCCUCACAAGACAGGCGUUUGCUAAAGUCUUCAACACGACCCCCGAUGACCUGGACAUGCAUGUGAUCUACGACGUCUCGCACAACAUCGCCAAGGUAGAGCAGCAUGUGGUGGAUGGAAAGGAGAAGACACUGCUGGUUCACAGGAAGGGCUCUACCCGAGCAUUCCCACCACAUCACCCACUUAUUGCUGUGGAUUACCAGAUGACCGGGCAGCCAGUGCUGAUCGGUGGCACCAUGGGAACCUGCAGCUACGUAUUGACUGGCACUGAGCAAGGCAUGACAGAGACAUUUGGAACCACCUGCCACGGAGCCGGUCGGGCGCUGUCCAGAGCUAAAUCUAGACGAAACUUGGACUUUCAAGAUGUUUUGGAUAAGCUGGCUGACAUGGGCAUAGCCAUCCGGGUGGCCUCCCCAAAACUUGUCAUGGAAGAGGCUCCUGAAUCGUACAAGAAUGUCACAGACGUGGUGAAUACCUGUCACGAUGCCGGAAUCAGCAAGAAAGCCAUCAAGCUGCGUCCCAUCGCCGUCAUCAAGGGCUGAGAGGACCGACAGUCACCUAAGACUGUAAAGAGCUGACAACAGAGCUCAGAGAGCCGUCCUCAGCAGGACAAUACUGAGGGAUCGCUGCCCAAUAUAAGGAUCGCAUCUUAUUUUACUAUUUAAUUUAACCCUUUGAUUCCAACUUCAUGUAGGAAAAUAGACUUGGCCCUCCUGGUAAUUAAUGAUUAUUUAGAAGGGAUUGGCUCUCCCAUUCAUAUGUAUGGAAUGAUACACUGUUAGCUUACAGAUGAGGGAACUCUGCUUGCUGCCAGUGAAUAGAAGAUACUUUUUUUUUUUUUUUGUGGUGUUCAGGAACUGUGCAUCUCAUUAUUUUACCCAUCUACCUUUGAGUGGUCAGAACUCUAGACAAGAAUGGUCACAUUCGCUGACCGCAAGUAGAGAUCUUGAGAAUGAUGAUGAAUUACAAUCCAUACAUAAUGUAUUAGAAAAUUGUAGAACUUUAGAACAGGAUGACUAAGUUUUGUUCACGUAAGACCGGAACACUCCACACUCCUUUCAGGGAUGAAUCGCACUACCAUGUUCGGUCUGAGAAUCACAGUCCGUGUGUUGGCCACAGCUUCACUGUCCUGAACUGACUGCAUCAUGGUGAUUUAUAAUCAAGUCAAUUCCUAUUUGACGGUGAGUCUAUUGUACUGUGCUCACAUCCUGUGUCCUGAAUCACUCUGAUGCAGUCAGUGCAGGUCCAGGAGAAGUGACGGGGACACACACACCGUGUUUCUGGGACUGAGCAUGGUCGUGUGAAUCAGUCCUUGAGUUGAUCACAGUUGCAGUUUUGGGAUCUCAGAUGACUUGGCACCUGAAAGUCCGUGGGAAACAACCCCUUUUAAAUCAGUACUGGUGGCCCUAGCUUACCUGGCUUAGUUUCCACAUUAAAGUGGUAUUUCCAUAUUUACCAUUUACAGGAUAAUGUGUGAUAGGUGCAGGUCCUUGCCCCUGGGACCCACUUCUAUCAAAUGGACAGGAUCCAUUGACUUCCAUUUGCCAAAUCCCAGCCACCACAUUUUCCACCUAGUGCCCACCUUUAAGACUGGAAUACCUCUUUAACUCUAGAUUGAUUAGUGUAGGUAUCCCACCCUGUACUACAGGUCUCAGCCUGCUCUGUGAUGGGGGAUUUCUACACUCUUGUCUAGGAGACUGUAGAAAUAUCCCUGCAGUUAUGAAUUGGGCAUCACAAUGAACGCACUUCAAAUCUUAUAAUAUGGAAGCCUUUUUUAGAUGAGCAGGAGCACCCCAGCUCUGAUGAAUUUUGUUUGCAGCCUCAUUUAUACAGUACAUUUCAGUGUGUUAAAGGUUAUGUAUACUUUUGCAACUUUUCAAUUUGUCUUUAAAGAUCUCCUAGCAUUUCAUAUAUACAGCUCCUAUGCAAAGCUAUGUGGUCUCCCUGGUUACAGACUACAAACAAGCCCUGUGUAGUCUGAUCCCUCUUGCCCCCUCUUAUGCUUCCUGUAGAUUAUCAAGAAGGGGGAGUGCAGUAACACAUGAGUGCAGGAUCAGACUACACAGGGCUUGUUUGUAGUCUGUAACCGUGGAGACACAUGGGGGCGGGGUAGUUGUCAACUGGUACAAAGGAAAACAGCUUAGUUGCCUGUAGCAACCAAUCAGAUUCAUUUUUUUCUUGGAAAAUAAAAAGGAUCAAAGGUGGAAUCUGGUUGCUGUGGGCAGCUAAGCCAGUUUUCCUUUGCACCAGUUUUAAUAAAUCUCCCCCAUCUGUCUUGUACACACAUAGUUUUAAGCAAGACUGUAUGCAUUGUUGCGUCACUUUUUUAUUUUUGCCACAUUAGCGGAAUAAAACAAUUGCAAAAGUAUACACACCCUAUAAGGCAGUGCUUUUAUGCACAUUUGGGAUGUGUUUUCAUAUGUUGUCCUCAGCCUUGUCGCCAUUUUAAAAAGAAAAAAGCAGCACACAAAUGACAGCGGAGGGAAGUACAGGAGAGGAAUCCGUGUAACCCCAGGUUAUCAUAGAGCUCAGCAUCUGUUUUUUCUCCUAAGGGGUUAAUAUCGGUCCGUGACGUAAUUCUGAGAAGCAUCAGGAUUGUUGGGACCUCUUAUCCUAUUCACUUUUACUUUUGGAACACUGCAGGGUGUUGCUUUAUGCAAAGACUUGGUUUCGGGGGGAAACUACAUUUUUGGCCGAAGGGAUGUUUUGUGCCAUUAAAAAAUGCAGUACAAGCAAAAGCGGAGUGAUUAUUAUUAUUUUUUCCCCUAACACAUGCAAAAAUGUGUUAUGUAAAGUGAAUGUGUAAACCUGAAGACUCUUCAGGUACAUGACAUCAUUAUGAUUUCCUGGAGCCACCACUAGGGGAGUUAAGAAGCUUACGGCAUACUGUUUGUACCUCACAGCAUGCAAAAAGCUCCCUCUAGUGGCGGUUGCAAACAAGCUGAAUAUUCUCAUGAGUUGCUAUCGGCUGUGUCAAGUACCAAUUUCUUCUUGCUGUCAGGGAAUAGGAACAUCCUUGUUAAUAUGAGGCUUCAAACAUGUACAUACCUAAUGUGUCUCACAGUACAUAGGUUGCUACAAUUGUGGAAUAGCUUGCAUCCAGUUGUAGAAAACUAUGGGGUCGGGAGAGAGAUUUGCCCUGCUGAUUUGUUUGCAUUACAAACCAUUGUCUAAAGUGGAUACAACUGUAGCAAACUGUCAGCUGUGCGAGACGUAUUUGGUGUGUAUAGUUUUUCAGCCAAGUAUGCUCCCAUUCACUAAUGGCAAACAGAGAUCUCAAUAAUGGGAAAUAAUAUUAAAUGCUGAGGUUAUUCAACUUGCUAGAUACAAAUGCCCUUCUUUAUCUUUGUGCUUUUUACAUCAGAACUAGUAUUGCUUGGAACCAUAGGCUGGUCUCUACAUGACUUCAGACUCCUAGUAGUAAUAUCCGAUAAAUAGGCUGGAAACCACAGGAGUAAAUAUUGACAUGUGUGCUGCUGCCAUCUAGUGGUCAAACUAAAGAAUGUCAGUACUGUAUACUAUUCCAUUCAGCUGAUACCUGUAUUACUGUUACAGUGAAGAAGCAGCAUUUCAAACUCAUAGAAAAAUCUUUUUUGUAUAUUACUGUUACUGGUGUUGUCAUUCAGUAAAAUUAUUUUACUCUGUCUUGGACAUAACCAGACAGGGGCUGGGUUUUUAGACACCUCCACCGAUCAGCUGUUCCCUGCAGCAUCCAGCCCUGUAACUAGCUCUUGAAUGGAGCAGGAAGCAGACAACUCAGCUCAAAGUCUAGUGGCUGUGGGGGUUAGUGCAGCUCAGCUCUCAAUCGCUUCUGUGAGAGCUGAGAUGCAGUAACCUAGCGCAGCUAUUACACUUUCAGCUGAUCGGUGAGGGAGCGAAGUGUCGGACCCUCACCAUUCGGAUAUUUAAAGGGUUUCU